UGAUGUGUCCUCCAGACACUGCAAAUGCUGAGGUCACAUAAAAUAUGUUGCAACUGUCUCACACAAAACUCCUUCCAUUAGCAGAACAGAGAAGCAAUUUAUGGGAGCUUGCGAUUUAUUUCACAAUUAUUAUAAUGUUCAAUAUCUUUAUUAGUCAUGUGAGCCAUCUGCUAAAUAACCCGAUACACCCUGAAUGCACCACUCCAGCGAACGUAGGAAAGAACGAAAGAGAAAGUGAGUUACACUUCAACAGGAGACAGAAAUGCUGAUUGUGUGAGUCCAUAAUAGACAGAGAAGAACAGUGUCUCCACAGUUAAACUCUCACAGCUGAAGGUGGGCUCAAAUUCUUCUUCUGUCUUUUAUUUGUAUUCGAUUGAAACACUUGAUUUAUUGUCAAAAAUUGAUCGUGAAACUGCAAAUCUCCGUGCAUCUGGCAGCAGUGCGGAAGUGGAGUGAUAAAGUCGUCAGAAAAGAAUCAAGAUGGAGCUGUUUUCCAACCGCUUUUUCUGCCCUCCAGCUGAUAUCAAGUACCAUGGGUUGAAGAACCAAGGAGCAACGUGUUACUUGAACAGUGUGCUGCAGGUGCUGUUCAUGACCAAAGACUUCAGAGAGGCUGUGGAAAGGUACACGUGUGGAAACCCUGACACUGCGCGUAUGGACAGUCAUCUUAAAGACUUGUUUGAUGACUUAAAGGAACGAACAGCAUACACCUACAACAUCAAAAAGAGGCUGGGCAUCAGCAGAGUGGGAGAGCAACGUGAUGCUGCUGAGUACUUUGAGAAGAUUGUAACUCACACCAGUCGUGAGGCUUCACAGGUAUUUGAAGGAGUGUUGACACACAAGUACACAUGCACUGGAUGUGGCACAGAGAUAAACACUGAUGGGCCAUUUUGGAGUCUACCUCUUGUGUUGGUGGAUUCUGACAGUGAGGGCUUUAGUGUGAUGGAUGGGAUUGACAGGUUUCUCAGAGCUUCAGACAUCUGCGGAGAUGAACAGCUGUACUGUGACCAGUGUGAUGCCAAAACUGAUGCUAAUGUUAGGUAUGUAAUAAAGCAUCAUCCAGAAGUUCUGACGCUGCUGCUGAAGAGAUUUAAGUUUGACGACCAUCGCAUGGAACAUGUGAAGAUAAACUGCAGUGUGGAGGUUCCCUACACCCUACAGAUACCAGAGAGUCAGACGUAUGACCUGUACGCGUUUGUGGAUCAUUUUGGAGAUCUGAGAGGUGGACAUUACACUGCUACAAUCAAGUCCCAGGAGGAUGAGAGAUGGUAUAACUUCAAUGAUACCACUGUCACACCGCUUCGUUACCCGCCAUUCCAGGUGCAUGACAAUAAGAAGAGAUCCCAGAGUGCUUAUCUUCUUUUCUACAGGAAAAAGAAAAUGCAUGCUGCAGACGCUUCGACUCAAGACGUCCAGGUUGUGGAGCGUCCUCACAGUUUAAAGCUGAAUGAUGCAUCUUCUCCAAAGUCACAAAAGCACAGUAACAAAAAAACCUGUUCAAGUCAAUGGGAAAGUGGUCUCAGAUUUCUAGACCGCACUGUACGUCAUAGAUAUUUUGUGCCCUUUGUCAUGUUUGUGUUUUUUUUUACAGUUGUUUACUGUAGUUAACAGAUGUAAAAAUAAAAAUAAAAAAUAAUAAGCCUUA